AUGGCAACAAAACCUAAAGAGGGUGGUACACUUACUGGGAAUGACAAGAAGAAGGUCCCGUCUUCUAGUUCUCUCCCUACACCGACCAAAAGGAUCACAAAACCAUCCACAACCAGCAAAAGUAACUCAACCACCCAACCCGAGAAAAACAAAAGUAACUCAACCACCUCAUCAGAGAAAAACAGCUCAAGCUAUCUAAAACCUACAACAAGUUUCAGACAGACCAAAACUGAGAUUCCAAUUAAACCUCCUCCAAUAAGAAGAAGAUCAUUUGAUAGACCACUCUCAUCUUCAACCUUAACAACAAAAACAACACAACCCUCUCCUUCAAGACUACACAAAGCCCUUGUUUCCCCUGGACCUAGAGAAAGAUCUGCUUCACUAAAUACUCGAUCUCCCGUUGUUCCAGUUAAAAGUGUCGCCCCUUUAAAACACAUUUCAGAAAAGACACCAAGUGAUGAUGCAAAAAGUAAGCUAGUAGGGAAAAAGGCUGCAAAAAAGAUCACCACCCCUAAUAGCAAUAUUGCUAGUUCUAACACUGCAAAGAAGAUCACCACCCCUAAUAGUAAUAUUGCUAGUUCCAACACUGCAAAGAAGGUAUCUAAUGAUCAUGCUGCUUCUGUUAAUCCUACAAAGAUCAAAUCUGUCGCUACAGAUAAAGAUUCAUCAAAUGUUGAAACUGAAGAUGUUAAGGAAGUUAAAGAAGUUACAAACCAAGAAGUUGAGGUAAUAAAAGUGGAGAAUGAAGAACAAGCAUCUCAUGAGAAUGUUUCAUUAGAUGUCAACUCUGAAAUAGUACAUGAGCAUGAACAUGAACAUGAUAAUCAAGUUCUCGAGGAUUCUGGCACACCUCAGAAUCAAGUGGAUGAUGAGAAAGUCAUUUCUACAGUUUCAGAAGAAGCAGAAAAGGAGUCACAGGAAGAGAAACAUGAAGUUGAGCAUGAAGAGGAAGAUAAUGAGAAUCAACCAGAAGAAGAUGAUCAUUCUGAGGUUGAAAGGAAAGAAGUUGUGAAUGAAAAUGAACAAAAUGAAAGUGGGAUUGUUACAGAAGAUGAAAAAAAUGAGAACAACGAAGAACCGGGAAGAGAAGAGAAGGAAUCUGUUGAAGGAGGGGUAAGUGAAGAAGUUGAAGAAGUUGAAGAAAAAGCUAAGGCUGAGGUAGCGAAACCGAAGCAAGAAGUAGCAGGAGGGGGAAACGGGAAAAAGGAAUCUCAAGUAUCUAAUGACAUGAUUGAGGAGACUGCAAGCAAGCUGUUGGGGAGGAAGAACAAGGUUCUUGCUUUGGCAGGAGCAUUUCAAACAGUCAUUGAUCAUCAAACCAAAUGA